AAUCUUGUGGAAGCAAUGGAUUUAAAUGCCCUUUGAAGAGCAUUUGCGUUAGAGCUUAUACAGCAUCAGGCAGCUGCAUUUGUCAAUUUGGUAAAUUGCCAGGUGAACCGCUUCAACCAGACCCAGCUACGAAAAACCAGAAAAUGCCUCAGAGUAUUACAAAUGUGGAUGCUGUGUUGCAAUGCCAACAAAAUGG